CUAAUAUUAAAUGAAUUGCUUACGUCUAAUUCAAUGAUAAAUUAUUUAAAAUAAAGAUAAAAUAAAUUAAAAUUAAAGUAAUUAUAGAAGACAUCUAACACCUCCCCCAGUUACUCAUACACCUCCCCCAGUUACUCAUCUAUGCUUGAAAUGAAUAGCUUGGCAUUACAAGAGCCCAACGUAGCCAAAUCCCAAAUAUUUUCUGAACAGCGCGAGGUCUGUGGUGGUUGGCUCAAAGUUGGUUACACGUCUCCUCACAAAAUGGAAGCUUUAUUGGAAGAAGCUGUCUGUUUCUGUUUAUGGCAAUGGAGUUUUAAAGAACAACUGUGAUGGCUGGAUAUUGAACUCUUUUAAAAUACAGAUCCUCACUGAGAGGAUAACAUCUGUUUAUAAUUGGAAAGAACAGGAUGAUAUUUUAGUGGAGACACCAACCUUGAUAAGGCAAAGAAGUAGUAAAUGAUGCCAACUGCAAAUUUGCUAAAGCAAGUGCUGCAACAAUAUAUGUGCGUCUCUUAUUUGUUUCGUUAGUGCUACCUCCAUUAUAAUUAGUGGGCAGAAGUUGCAAGCGCCUUCGUCGCUCUUCUUACAGUAUAAAAGCUGUCCAUAGAGGGAGAGUUUUUGCAUCCCAAAUUAGCAGAGAGGAUUCUUAUAUUACACAUAAAUGGAGGCUUCACUAAAGUUGUUCUGCCUUUUGGGCUUGUUUGUGCUUGUGAGCAUUGCUGGAGGGGUUCAAGGGGCUGGAGAAUGUGGAAAAUCUUCUCCAGAUAAGGAAGCACUUAAGUUAGCUCCUUGUGCAGAGGCAGCACAAAAUGAGAAUGCUGCUGUGUCAGAUAGCUGCUGCCUUCAGGUGAAGAGUAUUGGCCAGAACCCAAGCUGUCUUUGUGCUGUGAUGCUUUCAAACACUGCCAAGGAAUCUGGAAUCAAGCCUGAAAUUGCCAUUACCAUCCCCAAGCGAUGCAACAUUCCUAACCGUCCCGUGGGUUACAAGUGUGGAGCUUAUACACUUCCAUGAUUGGAUAUCCUGCAGAAUAAGCCCAAAAUGAAGUACUUGAAUGCUGGUAGCCACAUGUGAAGAGGCUAGUAGCAACUAGCAACUAGAUUGUACUAGUCUUCUCUUUUUAAUAAAAUGCAAGCAGCUUGAAUGUAUCCAUCCUGAAUAAAUGUUCAGCAACUUUAUCUGCC